CACCAUAUUCCUCUUUCUUGUCAAAUUUCAGCAUUCGCCCCGCCGCUGCUCUUUGCUAUCAACAGAACUCAUGCAUGAAAUUAACAAGAAGGUUCAGAGAUUCGAAGGAUGGCACUACGAUUCUUUUGCUGGAGUCGUCCCGAGACGGCGGGUACAUGGACGAGACCUUGGGAAGACAUUCUCUACACCUAUUGUGACUUUUGAGUCCAUCGAUUCUAUUCCGUCGUCACACUUACGCGACGCCCACCUUCUUUCACCUGUAUCGACAGCUCCUUCUAUUUCUAUUGCUGCCCAGGAUUCUACCCAACACCUCUUACCCUAUGAUGUCUCCUUCACCAGCGAUGGCUCUUCUAUCAAUGACAGCACAGACCUCUCAUCCUCUUCUACGGCUUUCUCCUUGCCCGUUGUACCGACUGGCGUAGGCCUCGGGAUUCUUGGCUUGACGAGAAAGGAUGGUGGAGAACAUUUCGAUGGUCUUGGUCUUGUCCAAAUUGGUCGAUCCUCUGGAGAUUCAUUAUCUUCCAGCUCUGAUCGCGAAAUCUCCGAUACAAUCUUGCGCGAGGCUGCGCUUACAUUCUUGCAACCCUCUAUACCUGUAGCGUGCUUCGAGGUGGAUGACAAUGUGGGCCUUGAACAUCCAGAGUCGGAGAAAACGAAGCCCGUAGACAUGCCUUUGGCUACGAAUCGUCCACGCAGGAGCUUGACGCGCAAUUUGUCCGCCUCUACCAUCGCUAGUUCGCUGAAACGAGCCAGCAGAGUUGGUGCCUCGUCAAAGGUAGAACGAGGUCGAAGUUGGCGUUGAUAGCAUUUGGUGGGAUAAACUGGAAUUAUCUGUAAUAUCAGGGUAUCAAUACCAUUCUUCACUCUCAUCAGCCU